AUGAGAACUAUAAUAAUUUUCACAUUUUUCUACGUAUUUGUCGAAACUGAAUGCGCUGAAGGGACAUUUUGGUUCAAAAAUGGGAAAAUUCGAGAUGAACUAUUGCUGAAUUCUGACUGGACAUUUAAAGCGACUGACAACCGAGCUGGAACGAUUCAUUUAGAUUACAUUGUCCAGAAAUUAGACCAUUUCAACCCCACUGACAAACGGGUUUGGGCCCAGAGAUACUUUGUGAAUAGCGCAUUUUAUAAACCUGGUGGCCCGAUAUUUCUUUAUCUUAAUGGAGAAGGGAUCAUGCAUUAUUCGACUAUAUCAGAUGGAUCCGGUUAUGAUUGGAUCGUGAAUGCGCGCCUGUUCGGUGCAUUACGUUUCCUUCUGGAACAUCGCUAUUACGGUGGCAGUCGUCCAACUAGUGAUGCCAGUACUCGUAACCUAAAAUGGCUUUCCAGCGAACAAGCGCUUGCCGAUACCGCGUAUUUCAUUGAGUUUAUGAACCGGCUCUAUGACUUGGUAGAACCGAAGUGGGUGUUAUUUGGAGGUUCAUAUGCAGGUAAUCUGGUAGCAUGGUUCAGGCUGAAGUAUCCACACCUGGCGAUUGGUGCAGUAGCAAGUAGCGCUCCGGUUGAAGCGAAGAUUAACUUCUGGGAGUACCUUCAAGUGGUCAGAAAUUCGCUUGCCUCAUACAGCGAGGAAUGCGUGCGAAAUAUUCAUUCAGCGACAGAAAUCAUCGAAGAACGAAUUAGGAAUCUAUGUGGUAAUUCCAAUUUUUCUAAUCCGCUGGAUCUCAGAGUAUUCUUCGCUGAUCUGUUCUUCAACUUCGCGGGCGUUGUUCAAUACAGCGAGGUCAACGCGGUAAGUUUUUGCGUAUCUUUGUUUAUUAAUGAAGCACGGCCUUAUGGAAUUCCAGUUCCGUGGGCGGAUUUGAAUAACUUCUAUCGUUAG